CGUACGUGCGGCAAGCUUGUGUCGGAUACGAUGUGCAUUGCUGGCCGCACCGGUUUGAUUGAGUCGAAAGUUUAGUUUCUUUCCAUUGUUCACCACAUUAGUUCUGCCUGAACAUGGACGACAGUAUCGAGGACGGUGCUCACAGCAUCAAGAAGCUGAAGGCAGAUAUAAGCAUGAUCGGACGGACGGCAUCGGUGUCGUUUUCUGGCGAGGAUCAUGUCGAUACAGUGUCAAAGUUCACCAAAGCUGGCCAGGGCUUUGGAAUGGUCGGGACCGGCAAAUGCAUCGCUGUGUUCACAAGCGGAGGCGACUCGCAAGGAAUGAAUGCUGCUGUACGUGCAGUGGUUCGAAUGGGCAUCUAUGUUGGUUUCAAAGUCUACGCUAUACAUGAGGGCUAUCAAGGCAUGGUGGAUGGAGGCAAAUGCUUCAAAGAAAUGACUUGGAAAGAUGUCUCUGGUAUCAUUCAACGGGGAGGGACAGUGAUCGGCAGCGCAAGGUGCCAGGACUUCAGGGAACGGAAGGGACGGAAGAAGGCUGCUCUGAACCUGGUCAAACGAGGGAUCAACAACCUGGUGGUGAUUGGUGGGGACGGCAGCCUGACUGGUGCCAAUCUGUUCAGGCAGGAGUGGGCGGAGCAUCUUAACGAGCUCCUGGAGGAAGAAUUGAUCACCGAGGAUGAGCAGCAACAUUGCAGCCAUUUGAACAUCGUCGGGAUGGUGGGCUCCAUCGAUAACGACUUCUGUGGCACAGACAUGACAAUUGGAACAGACACGGCAUUGCAUCGAAUCAUCGAGUGCAUAGAUGCCAUCUCAACAACUGCUCAGAGUCACCAGAGAACCUUUGUGCUGGAGGUUAUGGGUCGUCACUGCGGCUACCUGGCCCUGGUGGCCGGCCUGGCCAGCGGAGCGGACUGGAUCUUUAUUCCGGAGUGGCCACCGGAGUCCAACUGGCAGGAGAAACUCUGCAAGAAAUUAGCGCAGACCCGAGAGUUUGGGAAACGGCUGCAUAUCAUUAUCGUAGCUGAGGGCGCCAAAGACAGGCAAGGCAGCCCAAUCACGACACAGCAAAUCAAAGAUCUGAUAGUCCAACGUCUUGGCUAUGACACACGAGUGACUGUUCUUGGUCAUGUACAGCGGGGGGGUAAUCCCUCUGCAUUUGACAGGAUUCUGGCUUGUCGGAUGGGAGCAGAGGCUGUCCUCUCAUUGGUGGAGUCAGACCAGGAAACACCUGCUUACGUCGUUACUUUAGACGGCAACAAAGCGAUCCGAAUGCCGCUGAUGGACUGUGUGCGCAGGACGCAAGCCGUCGCAGAGGCACUCGGGAAAGGCAAUUUUGAAUUGGCAGCCGAGCUUAGAGGAAGGAGUUUUGUGAACAACUUGCGCACGUACCUGACUUUGACCAAGUUGAAGCCCCCGGACAAAGUCUGUAGUUUAGAUGGGAAGAAUUGUGCAUCCAACUUGAACAUCGGUGUGAUGAACAUUGGCGCUCCGGCUGCCGGCAUGAAUGCAGCCAUCCGAGCGUUUGUCAGGGCAUCACUGUUCAAUGGCUACGGCGUGCUGGGAAUUCAUGAUGGCUUUGAUGGUCUCUUGGAAGAAAAUGUCAACCACAUUGGCUGGAUGGAUGUGGCUGAUUUUGUCAGCGCUGGAGGUUCCCGGCUCGGAACGAACAGCGGCCUGUAUUCAGCCAAAGAGACCCCAAUGCCUGAUGGAACAACACCUGCGAAAAUUUUGGAAAAAGUGGCAGAGAAAUUCAAGAAAUUCAACGUGAAUGGCUUGUUAGUGAUAGGGGGAUUCGAGGGCUAUCAGAGCAUUAUUCAGAUGUCAGAGGCACGUGACAAAUAUCCUGCAUUCUGUAUUCCGAUGGUCCUCAUACCGGCCACCGUCAGUAACAAUGUACCGGGAGCAGACUUCAGUCUUGGGUGUGACACCGCCCUCAAUAACAUCACUGAGGCUUGUGAUAAGAUCAAGCAGUCAGCUAGUGGAUCUAAGCGGCGCGUGUUCAUCGUGGAGACCAUGGGCGGUUACUGUGGUUACCUGGCGACCAUGAGCGCCCUCGCCGGUGGCGCGGACGCCGCCUAUAUCUUUGAGGAACAUUUUGGGAUAACCGAUCUUCAGGCAGACGUGGAGCAUCUCAAGGCCAAGAUCUCAGACAAUGUCCAACGAGGCUUGCUGUUAAGGAAUGAGAAGGCAAAUGCGAAUUUCUCGGCAGAUUUUAUUCAGCGACUUUUUGCGGAGGAAGGCAAGGAUGUUUUCACAGCUCGCAGUAAUGUGCUAGGACACAUGCAGCAAGGAGGGUCACCGUCUGUAUUUGAUCGUAACAUGGGAACCAAGCUGGCUGUCCGCGCAUCAGAGUUCCUUAGAGAAACCAUCGAGAACAGCUUGAAAGAUGGGGUGGUUUACACCAAUAGCCCUGAUACAGCAUGCUUGCUAGGCAUUCAGAAGAGACGACUUGCCUUCCGACCAGUGCAGAAGCUAAAACAAAUCACCGACUUUGAACACCGCAUCCCAACAAACCAAUGGUGGAUGAAACUUCGCCCACUGCUGAGAAUCCUGGCCAAGCAUGCGAGCACCUACAUCGUGGAGUCGGAAGUCCAGGAAACCUUGGUGGAUUGAAGGGUGUCUGCUUUGCAACUCAGUUAAUAAGUCUUUUGUAAUCGUUAUACAAGUCAGAUAUUUAUUGUAUAUCCCUGUGGUCAGUUGUUCCUGCUUGUGCCAAGGUAUUGCAAGAGUUUUUAGUAAAUACCAGAGAUGACUUUUAUCAGAAAGGUUCAGAUGUUUUCUUUUAGAGGGCAGGGCAGAACAUCUUGUUGUUGUGAGCUGUUCCCACACAGAAAUGAACAGAAAUGCCACCCCUGAUCUAGAUCUUGAGAAACACCCCUUAACUGUUCCCUGCCACCAACUUUCCAGGCUUGCGACAUUGCUAAUGUUGCCUGCUUUGUGACUUGGCAUGAUCCGUGGCAGUUUGGUGUCACAGGGUUCAUGGCUCCUGGCAGGUGUCCCUGAACAAAGAUAUUAAAUUGGAAAGAGCCAUCGACACAUGGCUAAAUGUUGCUCAGUUGGUCGAGUUUCAGUACAGUAUUCCUGAGGUUGCAGGCCCAAAUCCCUUUGCAGUCAAUUUCUUUAUUCAUCUUUAUAAUUGUUAUGUUAGGCUUGGUCAUUUUCUAAUUAUACAUGUAGCUUCAGAAAAAUCCUGGACAAGCUUCUUGAUGUUGAAUGUUGCAGACAAGACUAGAUACCUAGCAGAGUUAUCUUAAGAACCGAGGUGAAAUCCUGAGGUGUGUGUGCAUAUUUGAUGGAUUUGUUCCAUCACACUUUCUUUGCCAAACUUUUUAUAGGUGUAACAUGGUUGAAGUUAGCAGGAAGAAAGCCUAAAGAGAGAAAGGUGUUUAGCUCUCAUCGAUAGUGAAUGUUUUAGUAAUGUGAACUUAAGUGGCAGUGGAGUCCCUAAUUUGGAGCAGUGUGACUUUUAUUGUAGCUUUCCUCAAGAAAUCUUUAAUGCCACUCUUGAUGAGCUUCAAACUCAUUCUGGAAUUAUUUGCACUUGUAUGUAUAAAACUCCUUGAAUUAGAACAUUCCUCAAAAUUUUGGUGUCUUGAAAUUUAUUACUGAGUGAAACAGAUUGUAUCUGAAAAUUGGACACAAAGUUUGGGGAGGAUCUUCUGACAUGCUACAAUGUAACAAAGAUCAAAUCCCCAAUUAAUCUUAAACUUCCUUUCAAUGCUACAACAUUGUGAGUAGCUAUUCUUAUCUAGGUUCACAAACCCAACUGUAUGUUCGUCAAAUAGAUCCAUCACCAUCCAGAAAGAGUUUUCACCGUGUUAAAACUAACAUUAGGGAAAUUGUGUCAAAACUAUGUCACUCUAUAAAAUGGAAAUUAAAUUACUAGAUUCAAAAUCAGUGGACAUAGACAUUUGAAUCUCCCUAGAAGUUUACUUCUUGCGCUGUCCAAGGUUAAAAUGUUUGCACCAGCAAAGUGCUUGAAGGAAAAGUCACAGUGCACCAUAUUAAGGGACAUUCCAAGUUACUUGGCAUCCGUGUUUUAUGAAAGAGCAAGUACUUUAUAUGUAGAAUUUAGCCUGAAGAGUUAUAGGAUGCAGUUAAGUGGAAUGUGUUAUGCACUAGCAGGUUCGGAGGCAAAUCAGCUUUAAAUCCAUUGCGAUAUACCAAAGAAUUGUUGAACAAAGAGGAAAUAAUUGCAGAUUCUAACCCAGAGAGUCAGUGAAGCUUAGAGAAAUGCGAUGUGCCGAAUCACAGGUCAGUUUCUUGAGCUGUAAGAAGUAAAUUAUAAUGUAUGAUGGUAAGAGUAAGCAUGAUUCAUCACACUUAAAGUCAUUUUAAUUCUGCACAUGUAGGGGGUGUGAAAUGUUCACAUUUGCUGUGGGAGCCAACAAAGGAAUGGCUCUGUGCAUGCAUGUAUCAGCCACUAAUUAACUUUUGAAAAAAUUAUGCAGCAAAAUUGUGUAGUUGCAUUGAUGGAGUUCCUUGUUUGAUGCAUGAUCAGUUGAGUUUCAUUUUGGAAUGGAGUACAUUUUAUUGAUUGUGAAAGUAAUGUAUCGACUUGUGUAUCGAUUCCAUUUUUCUCACAGCCUAGGACAUAACACCAGUUAGGAAGUUGUGUGUUUGUAGUACAAGUAUUCUUGCCUUUUGUCUUGAGAUAAGACAGUACAUUUUUCUGAAACUGCUUCAGUUAUCCCUUGAAGAUGGCACUCUAAUUAGAAAUCUGUGACCUCCCUAAUGCCUGUCAGAAAACAAAUAAAUGUUUGCCUUGAGGUAACCAACCCCCUAUGGGUAGGAUAGGAAAUAACUUACAGCUAACUGUUUUUUCCCUGAACACAACCCUUGCAGCCUUCCGCUGGACCAUCAUGCUCCAUGGUAAUAUGCAUUGCUUUAAGUGUGCAGGUAUAUGAGUUGCCAUGAAGAUAGAAAUUGUCAGCCUUGUCUGACGUAAUCCAAGUUGAUGUCAGUAAGGUGGACACUUUCUGUUAUAUACUGUGCCAUCUACAAACAUUCUCUGGAAACCUUGAUAAGAUACACACAGAGUCUGCAGUGAUGGUUUUGAUAAUUGUUUGCAUAAUUUCUUUUGACCUGCAUGUUGCAUUUAGCUCGAGAGGAACACAGAGCACUUCCUGACAAACACUUUGCUGUGACGUGCCAAAUGUUGCCAUGCAGUGGAAUGCUGACCGAACCACACAGUUCUAUACCAUAGUUGCACCAAGUAGUGGUUUGAUAACUUAUUUUGUACCUGUUGAUGGGUAUGCCAUUAUUGUAUUGAUCUUUAAAGGUGCCAUUCCAUGAUGUUCAGAUAUUACAUUUGCAGGGACUGUGACAGUGUCAGCAGUAGGCAUGAAGUGUCCCAAUCAUCUCAUUUUGGGCCAUCUGGGUCUGGGAAUGAUAGCAACUUUAAAAAAAGGAGAAAUGUCUGAAGUUUAGAUGGUGUCACAGAUGUUACAGUUGUGCACUGGUACUCUGACCUAAGCUUUGCUUAAAAUCUGAUGUAAUGAAACAGCUUUGGACAGUGGCUCACUGAGAACAAGCAAACAGGUGUAUCUCGGCGUGUGUAAUUAAUUAUUUCCAGAAUAUAACGAGACUGACUGAGAAGAUAUUGACUUCUAAUGGGCAAACACCAGAGGGGGUCAUCUGGAUACCGUAUUAUACCAAAGAGUAGGGCUCGAUGUGAUACUAGAAAGUUCUUAGGUCUGUGAGCGGCAGAGGCACGUUGUCAAAGUACACUUAUUUGUUUUGUGUUUUACUUUGCAGCCUUAAGUUGUUCUCACAUCUGUAAAAAUGUACAUUUGACACAAAGAUGUACUUUGCUGGAAGAUUAUGGAAGAUAAUUGGAAGAUUAUGUCAUAUACAUGAUCAAGUAUUGUGGCAACCUGUGCGCAGGUUACAACUCAAGUCUGAGAAUUCAGUCCAAUAAUGUUUGUGUUACAGUACUGCCUAUGAACUAAGUACCCCAAACUAGCCAAAAAGAAGCUUGUUUUAUACUCUGAUGUAAUCGAUUUUUUUUCAACUUCACCAAGUACUUGAAUUGCAUCAUAUCCCUGGCCAGUGGUACUGGUCAAAUGAUAGCAUCUGUUGGGUAUUUUAUUUACUUUUGUUUUAUUCAUUUAUUUAAUUAUGUAUGAGGGUGACAGUUGUCAGACAUUAAAUAAUGGAGUAAUUUAGAAAAUGAUCCUUAUAUACAAAGGGUCAGGUAUUAAAAUAAUUUAAGCAAUUACUUGGAGAUAAACUGAAUCAACUCUGCUUUUUAGGGGUGUGUGUGUGUUCUGGUGACAGAUAUCAACAUCACUUGUAUGUUUCAAGUGUGGGUAGCACAUAGUUAAUGAAUGUCUGUAUUUAAAAGAAUGUUAUGGGCAAAAUUCAACUCAAAUGUGCUCUUUUAAUCUCUGUUUAUGUACACUACUAGGCUUAACCCUAGAAGACUAUCUCGCAGCUGGGGACAAGAACUCAACUGUUACAUGCUCAAACAUGUUGACACUUAUCUUGCAGAUAAAGACAUUUAUUGUCAGUAGAAAAUUUGACAUAUCAAAUCAAUCUGAUGUAGGGUUUUGAUGUAAUGGUCAAUUAAAGUUCAUGGCCUCACUCGUGUCAGCCUGCGUGCAUUGAGCAUGGACAGUGGAAAAAGUACGCAUUUUUGACUGACCUGUCUUUGGAAAAAUGGCAUGUCUGAAUUCACGAAAUUGGUGUCAAAAUGACCGCUAGACAUGUUUUAACAAACACUCUUUGGUACCCAGUACAUGAAAACGGUGCACUGCGGCGGAGUUGGAGGAAAAAGUCGGGGGCAGAUUCUUCCCCCCCCCCGGUUCUUCUAGGAUUAAUGCUGUUAACUGUCCAUGCAGUUAUUACCAGUUGUUAGCAGUGUUGUAGUCGAAACCACACAAGACCUCCAUUGUGUAUUCAAGUCACAAGCUAUUCAAAUGAACUGCAACAGAAGCAUUCCUUAAUCAUUGUUCACUCUGUCACUUGUGACUGGUCUCGAGCAUGGUCUUUUGUCAGGUCUUGUAUCUGGCCUUUCUUGUGGUAGUCUCUACUACAACACAGUUUGUAAGUGCUUGUGCUUGUACGACGUAGUCAGUGAAGUAAUGGAUGUAGCUCUUGACUUAAGCAGUUUCCUCGAAUUCAACAUGAUCGGUCAUCUCCCCUUAUACACUGUACGUACAUCCCAUGCAAAGGUACCUUCAUCAUUUGUCAGUGGACCUACCCGUCAUCGGGGCGUCCAUCUGUCCUCGUCCAAUUUUCUGGUUAUGACAGGGAUUACUACAUGCAUCUACAGGCGGCGGCUGCAGCUGCUAGCCAAAACCGUAGCCAUAUAAUUCGGACGCAGCGUAGCAUGGAUUUUACAACCAGUGAAUUUGGUAUUUUUUCAAGAAGCAUUGGGUUUAAAUUGAAGCUUUGUAGGUCGAUUGGAGUCUUUGGAUACCACCGAUAAUUGCUUUUGUGGAAAAUGGUUGAAACGAGGCCUUAUAUUUUUGACAGUACCAUCCGAUGUUAGUUUUUAGCAUGGAGGAAUAAGAACACGUUCAAGGUUGUGUCGUGAAUGUUUCUCUUUCUCCAAAAUUAACGAAAGUGUGCCAAAUGCUUCACUUCCCAAUUUUACAUUUUGAACUUGCAAGUAAGCAUAUAUAAGGCUUUGUCAAAAAAUUCGCUUAUCGAAAGCCUAAUAAGUUAUGUGGCCGUAUGGGUAAUUUAUCAGUGGUUGUCUAUUCUCUCCCCGGUUGUCAAAUAACUAUACAUGUACAGUAGGCCUACUUAGCUGGAUUUUAUCUCCCGUUGUAGCUGUCUGAAGGAACGAAAAUAUUUGUGCGCUCGGUAUAAUGUUGCAAUGUGACAAGGUUGAGCUGAGAUAGUUCAGUCCUUACAAAUAAUUUAAGUCUGACUCAGACAUCCCAUCGCUUCUGCUGCUGUUUCUUCGACAUUGACGCCUUGUACAUGUACUAUGUGAAACGUGCACGUCAUAUGGCAAUAACUUCUCAUUAUUAAAAACAAAAUGAGGCGAUAUUUAUUCCGA